AUGAAGCCAGCCAGAGGCAGUACGCAUCGUUUGACCGAGUCCAGCCUGGAACAAUAUGGCCAGCUCCUGCAACGGGAGCUCAACACCAGAACAGUCUCAUGGGCCGAGAAAGUCAUCAAAGACGAACAAAUCCAUCAAUUCUACUCACAAUCCCACCUCAGAGGUCUCGAACAUCGGCAUCCGCAAGACCCCAUCCGUGACAUUCACCUCGCUGCCACUAGUGUGUCGACAUCAGACUCAUCACUCACAAGCCUCAAGCUCUUCGAAUCGCAGCAGGGGAUGUGCCUCGAAGACCCGUUGGAACGUUUCCUAACGCCGGUCGGAUUGGACCACCGCACUCGACCUGCGUUAAGAGAGAUGGAGUUCUCGCUUGGGUGUAUGGAUGAAAAGGAGCAAAGGCAGCAAAUAGCUCAGCAGAGAGCUGAUGCGGUGGUAAAGAGCAAGGUCAGGGAGCGGACCGUGGACAGUCGACGAAGUUGA